UAAUUUGCACUUUGUCUCUCUCUUUCCGUUCCCUUGAUGUAAUGGCUUUAUGCCGAUUCGCUUACUCUUAUUCUCCUGCUUCUGCUUCCACCAUUUUUCGUUUCCCGAAAUACCCUUCGAAACACACUAAAUUCUCCUUGCUACCACUCUCAUUCUCAACGAUGGAAGCUCCUCCAGAAGGUUAUCGUAGGAACGUUGGUAUCUGUCUCAUGAACAAUCACAAAAAGAUUUUCGCGGCUUCGAGGCUCGACAUUCCCAAUGCUUGGCAAAUGCCUCAGGGUGGUAUUGAUGAAGGUGAGGAUCCAAGAAAUGCAGCUAUCAGGGAGUUACGAGAAGAGACAGGAGUUAAUUCAGUAGAAGUGAUCGCUGAGGUACCAUAUUGGUUAACUUAUGACUUCCCACCAAAAGUGAGGGAGAAAUUAAAUAUUCAGUGGGGAUCUGAUUGGAAGGGUCAGGCGCAGAAAUGGUUUCUUUUUAAGUUCACUGGGCAAGAUCAAGAAAUUAAUCUUUUGGGUGAUGGUACUGAGAAAGCUGAGUUUGGGGAAUGGUCAUGGAUAUCACCUGAACAAGUAAUUGAGCUUGCAGUGGAUUUCAAGAAACCUGUCUACAAGGAAGUCUUAGCAGUGUUUGCUCCACAUUUCCAAUAAAUCUUAUCUUUGGCUGAAAUUGUUACUGAUGCCUUGGGUGAUUAUGAGGGCUGCUUUAAAAAGAAUGUAUUCCAAUUAACUAACGAGACCAUUAUUCUCUUUUUUCUCCUCUUGGCCAUAAUAACCCAUAGGGCGGGAGAAGAGGGCUGUUUAUUUUGUCUGAAUGAAAUAUGUAUUGUCAUGAAAAUUGUUGUGCAAUGUAUUGCAUUUGCAUCUGUCCGCUGUUUUUGUCAUGAUGAAGUAUUGUUUUUUCUUA